GUCGACUGCGGAUACCGUCGCAACAGUCGCGAUUUUUUCACUUUUAUUUAGUACCAAAAUUUCAAUUUUAAAAAAUUCUGUCAGUUUUUAAUCACAUUUUAAUUUGCGUUCAUGUAAAUUUCAUUCUCAAUUUCAUUUUAAUUCACAACAUGAAAGCAAGUUUCUUUCUUCUAUUUGCACUUUCGGUUCAGCUUGUUAGCGUUGCACGAUGCGACCUCCAAUUGAAAAUGCUGCAUGUGCUUUUCCGACAUGGAGACAAAGUGCCUCACAAGGAAUAUCAAAAUUACCCUAAUGAUCCUCAUCGCAAUCAUUCAUUUCUCCCAAUCGAUAAUGGAGGCCUCACAAACCUGGGGAUGAUGAGGGAAUACAAAAUUGGAACAAUGCUUCGAGAGAGGUACGAUGGAUAUUUUGGUCCGGAUUACUGGCCUUCACUAAUUUACGCUCAAUCAACGGAUUUGCCCAGGACCAAAAUGUCUCUUCAGCUGGUACUUGCCGGAUUAUUUCCACCUUCUGAACUCCAAACAUGGAAUCAAAAUCUACCCUGGAUUCCUGUAGAUAUAUCAUAUGUGCCUGCCGAGGAAGAUUAUCUUCUAUUUACUCAUCAUUGUCCCCAAUACAAAAGAGAAUAUAAAAGCUUCCUUCAUGGACAAGAAGCUAAGCAGGUAUUAACAAGAUACAAGCAUGUUUUGGAUUAUUUGACUGCCCAUUCAGGAAAAAAAGUACAGGACACAGGCAGUGUUUAUUACCUGUACAAUUUACUUAAGGAAGAGGCAGCUCAAAAUUUGACUCUUCCAAAAUGGACCGAAAAAGUGUUUCCCAGUCCUAUGAAGGAUAUUACAGCUCUUGACUUCAAUCUGCGAUCAUUCACAACUGCAUUGAGAAGAUUAAAUGGAGGUUUGAUUUUGCGCCAUAUAACAGAUGGCAUGAAGGCAAUUCGAGAAGGAAAAUUGGACCCUCCAAGUCGAAAAGCCUUUUUCUUCUCGGCCCAUGAAUUGAAUGUCGUUGCUCUUUCCAGAACACUUGGAUUGGAAGAUCCAGCACUUCCAUCUUAUGGAUCUACAUUUAUCUUGGAGACACUUCAAGAUGAAAAGAAGGAAUAUUUCGUCAGGGUGCUAUUUUGGACUGGAGUGACUGAGAAAUUAAUUCCACAAACUAUUUCUGGUUGCAAGGACAUUUGUCCUCUGGAUGAAUUUCUGAAUCUGCUCAAGGAUGUCAUUCCGAGUGACGAGGAGUAUUACUGUUACGGAACUAAAGCUUCUAAAGCUUGCCAUACAGACAAGGAUGCAUCUUCAGUUGCAGCCUCUCAGGGGCCGAUUUAUUCACUCCUAUUAGCAAUUCUACCACUCACCUUGAGAUUAUAGAUAACUACUUCUCUAAGAUCGAUAACCAAAGCACAAUGCCUGUAUCAUAAUGCUGCUCCAUAUCUAAGUAGUUCAUACUCAUAUGUAUAUAAACCUCUACAAUGUAAAUCCGAUAUACUGUAAGAUUAACACAGAAAAAGGACAUAAACGCCAUUUUCUCAAAAAUGAGAUUAUUAUCAGGAGGGAAUAUUUUUCCGAUUUUCAAAUUGCUGAAAAAAUAAGUAAAUUGUCGAAUUUUCCAAAUCCCGAAAAUAAAAAAAAGAUUCAAUAAUUUUCUUCUAUUAGUAUAAUCUUUUAUUUGAUAUUGGUUAUUUAUUCUCAAAUGCACUAUUAAAAAUCUUUUCUCGAUGGCAGUUUGAAAAUUUGGCAAUGUACGAUUUUCGGGAAUUUUAUGAUUACGAGAAUUUGAAAACUCUGGACGGAAAAUUUCGGGAUUAAACAUAUUCGAUAAAUUUUUUUCUUUUAAGAAUUUUCAUUUUUCGGAAAAUCUCUUUUUAUGUAAUUACUUUUUUGGUAUUUUCCCAUAUUUUAAGACUUUGAAAAUUCGGAAAAAUGAUGCCUUCCAUUAUUAGCUCUAAAAUGAGAUUAUUAUCGAUAUUAUCUCAAUCAUUUGGAUAAAUUCGAAUUCACAUUCUGGAAAAUUAAUUUUUUUAUAUAAUUUGUUUGAAAAUCAAAAAAAAAAAAAUUUAUUUUUUGAAACGCACGCACUUUUUAACAGUAUUUCUUUAAAGUUAAAAAUUAAACUUUUCAGACUAGUGAUUCUCUGGGACGACUUAAAACCCCGAAAAUUAAAAAUACAAACAUUGUAAAAUUGCCAACAAUAAAAAAUUAUCGAUAAUUUAUAAUAUUACCAAAUUUGAUCAUUUCCGAUAAUAGAUAUAAUCUUCGAAAUAAAAUUGCCGACACGCUAAAUCCUUCAAAUUAUGUAUAAAAUUC